GAAAUGACUUGGCUGUAUUGCCUAUCCACACUUGUGGUUCUGUCUACUAGCUUCGUGACAGGAAUACGAUAUGAACCUAAUUGGGCAUCUAUAGACUCUCGACCUAUACCAGCGUGGUAUGAUGAGGGCAAAUUAGGUAUAUUUAUUCACUUUGGAGUUUUUUCUGUUCCAAGUGUUGGGUUCAACAGUGAAUCAGAAUGGUUUUGGAACUACUGGAAGAACUUGAAAGUCCCAGCAUACAUAGACUUUAUGAACAAAAAUUAUAAACCAGAUUUUACGUACGCUGAUUUUGCCAAAGACUUUACUGCAGAAUUUUUUGACGCUAAUAAAUGGGCGGACAUCUUAAAUUCAUCUGGUGCUGAUUACAUUGUGUUUACAAGCAAACAUGGUGAAGGGUAUACAAAUUGGCCAUCCAAUAUAUCGUUCAACUGGAAUUCAAUGGCUGUUGGUCCCAAAAGAGAUAUUGUUGGUGAACUAAUGGAAGCAAUUCGCGGUAAAACGAAACUGCACUUUGGUCUAUACCACUGCUUAUAUGAAUGGUUACAUCCACUGUAUCUUCGAGAUAAAGAAAAUAACUGGCAAACACGAGAUUUUGUUACGAAAAAAGCUUUACCGGGCCUGUAUGAGAUAGUAAAUACAUAUAAGCCAGAUAUUGUGUGGUCUGAUGGUGAUUAUGAAGCACCUGAUACCUACUGGAAUUCAACUGGCUUCCUUGCUUGGCUUUACAACGACAGUCCAGUUAAAGAUAUAGUUGUAACUAAUGACAGAUGGGGAAUUGGUGCUAACUGUACACAUGGUGGCGUUUGGACUUGCAGAGAUAGAUAUCUUCCCGGUAAACUUCAAACACAUAAAUGGGUAAAUGCCAUGACUAUUGAUAGACAAUCGUGGGGAUAUAGAAGAAAUGCAGAUUUAAGUCAGUAUCUCAGCAUAGAAGAAAUAUUGGCCACCUUUGCUCAAACUGUAAGCUGUGGAGGCAAUAUGCUUAUGAAUGUGGGGCCCCAGAAAGAUGGUAUUAUCGCUCCUAUAUUUGAAGAGAGAUUGAGACAGUUGGGCCAAUGGUUGUCUGUGAAUGGUGAUGCUAUUCGUGGAACAAGACCAUGGACAACACAAAACGAUACAUUAACUCCUACUGUAUGGUAUACCAAGAAAGCUAAUAUCAUAUAUGCUAUUGUUUUAAACUGGCCAGAGACAGAUACAUUGGAGCUUGCUGCUCCUGUGCCCUCGGCGAAUACACGUGUUGCAUUAUUAGGAUAUACUGGUGGACAAUUUCAGUAUACAAAUCUGCCUACUGGCGGUAUUGGUAUCAUGAUACCACCUAUAGCAGUUAACAAAAUGCCUUGUCAGUGGGCGUGGGUGUUUACGUUAACAAAUUUGAAAAACGCGUAGUUUAACCAAGGAUGU